AGAUAUUAAGUCUUUACAUCCCAACUCGUUGCUCCGAUCGUUUGUACUGUGGCUGCCGUCUUCUCUAUCCUGGAGUUAUCGUGCAUCUCCACAAUGGAAGGUAAUCUCCCCCAACAACAGUGUCACCCAGCUUCUACAGCAGUGGAAAAGGAUGACUUGGUUAUCCCAAUCAUCGACUUCGGACCUUUUCUAAACGGCACCCCCGCCGAUAAGCAUGAGGUCGCCAUGUCCAUCGUAGACGCUUUCAAAUCAUCCGGCUUCCUCUACCUCAAAGACCACGGCAUUCCUCCUUCCGUUGUCUCUGGUGUAUUUGGCUCUUCAGGUCGCUUCUUCGGUCGAUCGCAGGAUCAAAAAGAUAGUCUGUGCUGGACUACCCCACAGUCGAACCGUGGAUACGUCAAGACUGGGCAAGAGAAGCUAAGCACGGUCGAUGACGUGGCGGGGGCCUCUCGAACCACUCCCGACCUGAAGGAGACAAUGGAAAUCGGUCGGGAAGGUGUGGAUGGCUUUCCGAAUCGGUGGCCCGACCACAUCGAUGAUGAAGGGAAGGACUUUAAGCAGGUGAUGUUGUCGUUUUUUGACAUGUGCAAGUCGCUCCACAUGGAGGUCAUGCGCGCUAUUGCACUGGGCAUGAACUUGCCAGAGCACUUCUUUGAUGCCUACGUGGAUGCCGGCGACAAUAACCUUCGCCUGCUGCAUUAUCCUUCAGUGCCUAAGGAGGUCUUCAAGCAAAAUCCGGGACAGGUUCGAGCCGGUGAACAUAGCGAUUAUGGUUCCAUCACGCUUCUCUUUCAAGAUAGCCGCGGGGGACUGCAAGUUCGUAGUCCCAAGGGCACUUUCGUGGAUGUGACCCCCAUCGCCGACACUGUGGUUAUUAAUGCUGGCGAUUUGCUGGCUCGAUGGUCCAACGACAUCAUCAAAAGUACCCGACACCGAGUUGUCGAGCCCCCGACAGCAGUCGGAGAGGAAGAGCAUGAUUCCGUUAUCUACCCUGAUCGCUACAGCAUUGCAUAUUUCUGCAAUCCCAAUAUGAACCAAUUCAUUGAAGCUAUUCCUGGGACCUUCGAAGAGGAGACCCGCCCUGCAAAGUAUCCUGGAAUAACCACGGGUGAUUAUCUGGUGCAACGACUUACAGCAACCAUAUAAAAGCUCCAUUUCAAGCGCUGCACGGAAUGUGGCAUACUCUUGUGGCUGCAGGUCGCAUUUAUUGAACUAAUAUUAUGCUCAGCGGGUCUAGGCAUCGUAUUUGGCAUCUU